GUUUUCCUUUUCAGAAGGAGGGAACAGCAGCAGCAGCAGCAGGAGGAGGAGGAGGAUGGGGCUGCCCUGGCCCUUUGUUCUGCGGAGGACUCCGGCCGCUGCCCAGGCGCCAGGGCAGACGGGCUCCGGCUGCAGCAGGGCGCUCUUUGGACAGCUCCUGGCAGCCCUCUGCGGGGAGGACGGCUCCCUGCCCCAGCCCAUCCAGGAGAUGCUGGCUGUCCUGCACAAGGAAGGACCGUCGACAGAAGGGGUAUUCCGAAGAGCUGCCAGCGGGACAGAGUUUCGUGAGCUGCGGGAGGCCCUGGACCACGGUGCGGAUGUCGACCUGGGCAGCCAGCCUGCACUGCUGCUGGCCGUCAUCUUGAAGGUGAGCGCUUCUGACCUGCAGCUGGAAGAGCUCCUGCCUGGCCUGGAGUGUUCAGAGGCUCACCUGGAGCCCCUGGCAUUGCGGGACUUCCUCCGAAGCAUCCCCGCCAAGCUCCUCGUGACAGACCUCUACGAGGAGUGGAUGGCAGCGAUGCAGAAGAGCGGCAAGGAGGAGAAGGUUGAAGAGCUGAAAGCGGUGGCCGAGAAGUUGCCUGGAGCCAAUCUCCUCCUCCUCAAGCGGCUGCUGGCCCUCCUCCAGCACAUCGGCCACAACGCCUCCAGCAGCAGAAUGACCGCCGGCAACCUGGCCAUCUGCCUUGGGCCAAAUCUGCUGAGCCCACCUAACGAGGACCUGCUCCCCCUCGAGGCCAUGCUGGCAGUGACUGAGAAGGUGAACGUGCUGGUGGAAUUCAUGAUUGACAGCUGCAGGGAACUCUUUGGGGAGCAGACAACUGACCUUUCCUGUUCAGCGGCCGAGGAGUUGUCGGCAGCCCCCACAGAGAGCUGUGGAGAGCUGCACUUGGAAGAGCAAAGUGUGCCAGCAGUCACAGCAGACACCAAGCAUCAGGCAGAAGCCUCGCUGCAUGCACCUCCCUCUCUGCUCGGUGUCCUCAGAGAAGCUGGGGGAGCUAUGGUGGUGAAAUCUGAAAGGGGGAAGCUUUGCCUCCAACCACCCCCAAGAGCGCGGCAGAGCCCCUGGUGCGCCCAGAAGAGCUGGCGAACCUGUCAGAGGAAAGACGGUUUGCAGGCUCUCCCCAGGACAAGGAGAAAAAGAAAAACCAAAAGAGAAAACAGGCUUGGGCAGAGGAGAGUGACAGACGUGCAAAAAAGAGGAGGAAGAGAGAAAACGUUUUUGGGGAUGGACCAGUGAAAAGAUGCAGGACGGUCCAGCAGGUCAGGAAGCCCAGGUGCCGUUUCCCUGUUACUGGCUGAAGCCCUGUGACUCCCAGGCCCGCCCCCCGCCGCAGUUGAUGUUCACAAUAAAAGGAUCUUUUCUCUCUUCUGAGUGUGUCUGCCAUACGAUAUUCCGGACUAGGUAGACGGGGUUUUGUGAUGAGUCCUCGGGGAGGAGUCUGGGAUCUUGCCUUGUCCCAGCAUCCUUUCCAGCAGGUAUCAGGGCUGAGUUCAGGUGCUUUAGGAGUGAAACCAAAGCACAGGCUCAUGCCAGGAGGGUGGAGGUUGGA